CAGAACGGUAGAAGUUCCAAGAAGGCUUCAUCUUCUUCAUUACUUUCUUCUCCUCUGUUUACUUUGAAAUUUCUUCAGGACUUGUCAAACUGCUGCGUGAUUCACGGUCGCAUCUCUGUCGAUUCCAGAUAGUAUCAGUUGGAUCAGAGGUAGUAGAUUUAUCAUGGAAACUUCUGUUGAUGCUCCUAUCAAGGUAUCUUUCUCGCCUGUAUACGGACAAACAUGAAGAAAGUCCUAGGUGGAAGAAAUCAACAAUUGUUUUUGUGUUAGGUGGUCCUGGAAGUGGAAAAGGUACUCAGUGUGCUAAUGUUGUCCAACACUUUAGCUAUACUCAUUUGAGUGCUGGUGAUCUUCUUAGAGCAGAGAUUAGGUCUGGUUCUGAAUUUGGAGCCAUGAUCCAAGGCAUGAUUGCUGAGGGGAGAAUUGUGCCGUCCGAGAUUACGGUGAAGCUUUUGUGUAAAGCUAUGGAGGAAAGUGGCAAUGAUAGGUUCAUCAUUGAUGGUUUCCCUCGCAAUGAAGAAAACCGAAUAGUAUUCGAAAAUGUUGCUAAAAUCGAGCCUGCUUUUGUUCUGUUCUUUGAUUGUCCCGAAGAAGAACUAGAGAAGCGCAUUAUGAACAGGAACCAGGGAAGAGAAGAUGAUAAUCUUGAGACGAUAAAGAAGCGAUUUAAAGUGUUUGUAGAAUCCACCCUCCCUAUUGUUAGCUACUACGAAUCUAAAGGAAAACUUCGAAAGAUUAAUGCUGCAAAACCGAGCGAGGAGGUUUUCGAGGAAGUGAAAUAUUUAUUUGCAUCUGAAACUUGACAAGGUGAAGCUUGUGCACGUUUCAUACAAACAGUGUUUGGUAUAUUCCUCUUAGAUAAUUAUUAUCACUGUUUGGUUUUGCUUACGUUGGCAUCGCAGACUAGUUAUCGCCGAACAAAACAAAAACAGAGACUUUCACAUGUCCCGUCGUAUACGUAAUUAGGAUUUACAAAUUUGUGCUUAUUAAGUAAUGCUAGUAUCUCUACGUAUAACGUGUUCCCUUUAUGAUAUAACCACAUUUUCGUUGUAAUAAAUAACAUUUUGUUAGGAACU